AUGGUCAUCAGCCACCUAGGGAAGUUUAAUAACACCAGCAGCUUCCAGCACUUCUUAAAAGGAGAUGCCCUAGGUGAAGUUUUCAAGUCAGAAUCUUCCACAGCCCAUCUGUCACCCAGGAAAUCUGAGAAGGACACUUCCUCCAGCACUGUGUCCCCAGAGGCUUCCCCAGAUCCUUCACCAGAGGGCUUGAAGCCACUGGCCUCUACCUUGUCACCAGUAGAAAUAUGUUCCUCAGUAUCUAUGGAGUCACACUCAUCCCAGAGUGUGUCUCAGCCUCCAGAGCUGUUGAUUGCUCUAGGAGAACAUUUAUCAUGCUCAACUGCACAUUUUUCUCACCACUCUCAUGUUCCUCAAUCUGUGGUCUGCCCUCCAUCCAGGCCAAAUUCAAACCAGGGUCUUCCUCUAUAUAACAUCAAGGAAGUCCCACCAGAAAACACCCCACAGAGCUGCUCUCCAACCAAUGGCUCUAGGGUACCUUCUCCUAUUCCAGCUUUCAACUCUGACAUCCUGGAGCUGCUGGAGGUAGUGAUUAAUAAGAGAGCAAAACUGAAAACUUCCCAGGACAUAGAACACCCUCUGGAUUCUUUAGGAAACAUGAUGAGGUCACUGGGCAGUGAACAAGACACUGCCGCUCCACAGCCCUUCUGGAACACAAAACCAGAGCAGCUUCCUGAUUCUCAGGAGCAUAUUUUUCCCGCAGUCUUGGGGGAACAAUUACAACAGAAAUGCAAUCAGCUGUUCUGGGGCCUGCCUUUUCUUCACAGUGAGUCCCUGGUGGCUCCUGUACGAGUGUCUGGUCAUCCGCUAGACUUACCCUCUAUUUUAUUCAAUGGAUUGUCUAGCUACAUUCCCAUACCAGUCCAAGCUAAUGUACCUCCACAACUGUUUCCACCUCAGCCUUUGCUCCACCACUUAGUACAAUCUCAAACUUUGACUCCAAACUUGCCCUGGCCUCAGCCUCCACCAGGGGCUGAGACCCACAUCCAUUUUCCAUCCUGUACACCUCCAACAAGAAACUGUGCAGUGUCUAGCCCAACAACUGAGGAGAGUAACAAAUGUACGAUUCCACCUGUUAUUCAACAGCUAGAAUGUCACCUUCUGAAGAAGCACAAACAAAGUCAGAGUGCUUUACCCUCCGUAGUCAAACAGUCUCAUGAAGUCUUUAGCAACGAUCAGGAAGCCCCUGACCCAGGACACUUCCCAGGGGAUUUAAUCAGCUCUGACUUUCAGAAAAAGCUGGAAAAUCACCUCCAAGAGAGGUUCACACAACACUGCUAUAAAACACAGUGCAACCUCCAGCAGUGUCCUGAGGAGAAACUCUCAGGGCCAGCCCAGGCGGAUAAGAGCUGCCAGGCUACACAGAAAGCCAUCUCGGAAUGCUCAGAAGAGUUCCCGGGAUGGAAGAAGGGACUUUGUCUGAGCAGAGGCAUGAAGGCUCUGGACAGGGACACAGAAAGCUCCUCGGAGGAGGCGCUAGAUUCCUUCACUGACUUGACUGAGUCGCUACUGGAGUCAAGCAGCGAUUCAGAAUAUGUUUGUCCAAUGCAUCCCGACAAGUACCGUCGGAGAGACCCGCUGAAAAUCCAUUCCAGCCCCACCUGGGGGCCCAUCAACGUGGGCGCCAGUCAGUGCAGGGGCGCUCCAGACGACUCCCUGUCCUCCUUGGGCAACGCCCAGUCCAGCGUGGACACCGGGAGAGCAACCUGCAACAGCUGCUCCAGGAAGGUCUCCAGCUUGGACUCCGCCACCCGCCAGCUGCUGGAAGAGCAUAUUAAGAAGCUCUGGGUGAGGCACAAGUGGGGCCUGUUCCUGAAGGUUCUCAAGCCCAUAAACCAGCUCGCUUUGAAAAGGGCUGCGCCCGUGCCAGCCCCACAGGGAGCUGCUAGGAACCUGGCCUGUAGGGACCUCAAGGGCGACCCCACAGCCAAGGGGCUGGUGCCCCAGGGAGCCCCUCCCAAGGAGCCCAGAAGGGAGGAGGCCGGGAGAGCAGAGGGCGCAGGCGCAGGCGCCGCCGGGAUCCUCCCCUCCCCUCUGCUCGAGUGUCUGCGGAGGCUCCUCUGUAGUUAUGCCCGCGUCCCGGUCCAGGCAGCUCCACCGCUGCUGCCGCCGCCGCGGUUCCACGAAGCUGGGCUGCUUGCUCAGCCCAUAUCUUGCAACCUGGUGGGGAGAUCUUGGCACAGAGACGUUGUGCCAGGAUGCGAGGGGAGCAGUCUAGACCCCACCAGCAGCUCCCAAACAGACCCAUCGGAGUCCCCGAAGACAGACAGCCUCCUCCACAAUGUGUCCAUCCGAGAGGUCUUUGUGGAGUCCUCGCUUGGAACCGCGGAAGAUGUCCGGGAAAUGGCGGGGGAUGACGAGGAAGAGCAGCCCACUGACUUGGCGGUCCACACGGACUCCAGUCAUUUGAACCUCCGAAGCCUGGAUGUGCUGAGGGCCACGCAGACCCCGUGCCCCUCCAGGACCUCUAUCCUCAAGCCUCCACGAGACUUAUGCCUGACAGAACAGGCCGAGUCGAGCGCCAGCCAAAGCCCGGCUUUGGGCGUCGUCCUGCAGGACUGCGAGACCGACGCGUUCCUGCAAACCUGCAGCCCUGCAGUGCUGCUGGCCGCACACGUGCUGCCCUCCCGGAGCUCUCUGAGCAGCUCCCGCAACUUCUCCGGUAGCAGCACCUCCGGUUAUGGCCCCUGCCCCCCCUUACCAAAUGGAGCCCAUCCCCAGAAACAGCAAGAGUCGGAGGCCUCGAACCCCCAGGACCCAUGGUACAGCAAGAUGUUCGAGGACUCUGAGAAAAAGAUCUGUGAGAGGCCCAGAGUGAGGAUUCGCGAGGAAAAGGCCGAAGAAGCCAGGUCCUCGCAGCGCCCGAAGCGGUGCCUCCCUGCCCCGGCCAGGAAACCGAGGAGCGCGAGGAGGAAGGCCUUUCUCCCUGAGCCACAGAAGGCGCAGCCUCCUCCAGAGAGCCAUUUGGGCAACCGGGUAAAGAAUUUUUUUAUGUCGUUUUUCCCUGGGAAGGGCAGAGCUCAGGCGGAUUCCCUUCCAAAGUUCAGGAUCCAAUCCACCGGUACCCAGACCCAAGACUUAGGCACAAGCAGAAUGUUUGAGAGCAGUAAAGCAUCAGAAGCCCAGGAGCUCAUGAACAGUGUUGGGCGGAACCUGGAGAAGAAGGUUGGGUCCCAACAAGAACGUUCUCCCUCCAAGAAAACUUUACACAAAGAAUUCCAAGCCCCUGUGAGGAGAAAUUCCCACUACCACGUGUCUCCUUCCUGCUUGAGACAGUGCCCAUUUAGGAAUAGAGUCUGCUGUCACCAAACCAGCUGCCUUGGCCACAGCCGUCCUGUCAGUGAUAGGAUGGUCACCUACCAGGGGACAGCCUCGCCUCCCCGAAGGCCCGUGUCUCUAGCCAGUCAUCCCUGCCAGCAUAGGCAAAUGGGGACAAAUAUCUCAGGCCACCAAGUCCACUGCCCACGGCACUGUCCUCAUGUCACUGGUCUAUUCUGUGGUCAUGCAUACCACCCCACUCAAGUAGUUUCUUGUGGAGUAUAUUUUCCUCAGGAUAAUUUCCAACCCAUGCACAGCAAUACCAUUGUUUUCAUAUGACUCCAUCUUUUGUGAAUGGAUGACUUCUUCCUUCACUGAUGUGUAUUGCUUCUUAAUAAAUGUCUUUUGCACUCAUGAGAUGUUGUGGCUUCUCUGUGCUGCUGGCUGGGGUAGGGAUGGUCAAUAUGUGGUCUUCCUCAAAGCAGCUUCUAGAAGGGAUGGGUACAUAGGAUGAGGACUUGCCCUCAG